GAAGCUAUGGCGAUAGUGUACCUCCAAAAGUCUAAGGAUGCGAGACAAAUCUAUGCUACUUACGUUUACGCUAAAACCAACUGUGAUGGCUUUAAGCAUGAAGGCAUUAUAUAUCUCUCAUUCAACAUGCAGAAGGAGUUAUUAGAAGAACUGUAUGAUGAUUGCGAUGUUACACCCGAAAUGCUCUCCUACAUGGAGGCCCAUGCAACUGGUACUGCAGUAGGAGAUCCAGUAGUUGACACCAUCGAUCCAGCAUUAUGUUCAAAAAGGAAUUUAUUUCCUUUAUUGAUGGGAUCGGUGAAAUUGAAUCUUGGCCAUCCGGGGCUUUCCAGUGGCCUCUAUCAAGUGCCAAAUAUUUACUAG